AUGGAGGGAGCCUACUCUGACUAUGAGACUAGCAGCCGGAUGUCUUUCUCUCAUUCAGAUGAUGAAGAUUGCUACAGUCUUCACACCCCAUCUCCCUUUUCUUCCGGGCACCUCUCAUCUCCAGCUGAAACACCAGAAAAAUGUGAAGAGGAAAAGGAAAAGAGAAAGAAAAGAGGCAGAUCAAAAGUGAAAAAUGAGGUUGUUCUUCAUGCUAUCAAAAAGACCAGGAGGGUAAAGGCAAAUGACAGGGAGAGAAAUAGAAUGCACAACCUUAACUCAGCCUUGGAUGAGCUCAGAAGCAUUUUGCCCUGUUUUCCAGAUGACACUAAACUCACUAAGAUUGAAACUCUUCGUUUUGCCAAUAACUACAUCUGGGCUCUCUCUGAAACCUUAAGAUUGGCUGACCAAGCUAAGGAAAAGUCUCCGAAAGAGCUUGUUCUCCCAGGGUAUGCAAGGCCUGCAGCACCACCCAGCCCUGGAAGUGAUGCAGGAUCCUGGAUGUAUUCUGAUUCCCCAUCUUCAACAUCUUCAUCCUACUCAGCCUGCACUUCUAAUCCCAGCAGCCCAGCUAUGUCUGAAGACUGUUAUUAUGGACAUACAGAUAAUCUCUUCUCACUACAAACAUUCUCACACAAUAUUAUUCACAGUUCUUCAUGUUUUUGCCCAGCUAUAGGCCACAUUCCACAAUUACCUAAUCACAACCCCAGACCAUCUGCCUCUGCUCUCAGAACACCUGUGACUCUCCCUGGCCUGGCCCUGUCCAUGGAACACCCAUAA